AUGUCAUCACUUUCGUUGUAUUCUGUGCAAGCAGUACUUAUUUUGGACAACAAGGGGGAUAGAAUCCAUGCAAAAUACUACCAAUCACCUCAUGUGGCAGAGGAUGCACGUAAAGGCUUGAUGCAAAACGUUAAGAGACAGAAGGAAUUCGAGAAGCGAUUGUUUCAGAAGACGCAUAAACAGGACUCUGAGAUCAUGGUCUUUGAAGAUCGUUUGGUUUUCUACAGGGAAUAUUUGGACGUGACCUUGUGCUUGAUUGGCUCGAUGGAUGAAAAUGAGAUUGUGCUGCAACAGGCCUUCACGGCUUUCAAAGAUUCGCUAGAUUUGAUUUUGAACUCUGGAAUUGAUAAAAGGAAUAUACAAGAACAUUACGAUAUGGUUCUGUUGGCAAUUGAUGAGACUGUGGAUAACGGUAUCAUACUUGAGACGGAUCCGGCAACUAUAGCUUCUAGAGUAACCAAACCACCAACCAACGAGCCACAGAUGUCGCUAGAUCUAGAUAAGGGUCUCUUAGGGGCCUGGGGCUUCGCUAAGAGUAAGUUGCAAGAGAGGUUACAACAGGGUAUGUAA